ACAACCUGGGUCUCAUAAUAGGUCUUGCCGUUGGCAUCCCGCUGUUUGUCCUCCUGACAAUAGCUGUUGUCUUUUUAACCUGUCGAUGGAAACGGAGGCGAGCGAAAACAUGGGUGAAAAGGUCACUGCAAUCUGACGAUGAUGAAAGGUAAUUUUUUGUUAAAAGGUUAUUGAAAGCUGUUACAGUCACACUGACUAAUCACAUGUUUUUCACACUGACUAAUCACAUGUUUUUCACACUGACUAAUCACAUGUUUUUUCACACUGACUAAUCACAUGUUUUAUUUCAAUGCCCAGCACUUGAGUCAGACAUCUCAAAAUACAUGUAACAGGGAAAUCUUACACUUACAGAUUUACUAAUGCGUACUGCUAUUUAUUAUUUUGUUACAGAAAACAAAAAUGUAAAUCGGUCACAGAUAAAGACAAUCUAGUCGCCCAACAAUUGGGAUGUCUAAAUUCUUUAAAUGUUGUAACGUUUUCUAUGCUUUAUUUCUUUUAAUAAAUAACAGUGUUAGUCGAUGUUAACAAACAAAAUUUUUUUUAACGCAAACUGCUUUCCGACCCGACUCAAAGCAACAGGAUGCAUUCUACCGAGCUCUUCUCCAGCUCCUGAGAGCAACAAAAUGUGUCAAUUCCCAUGCUAAAAAAAACGCCCCUGUACCGAACAGUUAGCAACAAAAGAUUUCUAAGCUAAAAACUUGAAGCAAAACACGCUCAUGAAACAAACUAAACCUUCCGUAUUGAGAGCACAAAGUAAAAAACCUGCUCCCUGAAACAAAGCGUGAGCAUCCACCAAAUUUUCAAAUAAAUAUUCCUAAUGUUCAUAACUCACUUUUAAUCACAAGCUGAAGUAUUUAGGCUUUUUAUUGCUUCAAGUCUUACCUUAUGGUGAGAUGUCGUCUUCACACUCUUAAGAUUUGGUCAUAUUUUCAACGUCUUUUUUGUUAAUUGCUUCAAGUAUUACCUUAUGGUGAGAUGUCAUCUUCACACUCUUAAGAUUUGGUCAUAUUUUCAACAUCUUUUUUGUUAAUUGCUUCAAGUAUUACCUUAUGGUGAAGUGUCAUCUUCACACUCAUAAGAUUUGGUCAUAUUUUCAAUGUCUUUUUUGUUAAUUGCUUCAAGUAUUACCUUAUAGUGAGAUGUCAUCUUCACACUCUUAAGAUUUGGUCAUAUUUUCAACAUCUUUUUUUGUUAAUUGCUUCAAGUAUUACUUUGUAGUGAGAUGUCAUCUUCACACUCAUAAGAUUUGGUCAUAUUUUCAAUGUUUUUUUUGUUGUUGUAAUUUCUUCCUCAGCCACAUCCAUGGCAUCUUUGCCAAAUCUUUACCAAAACGUGGCACCUGGAGUACAACAGACAUACCAGAUGAUUUACACCAGCCGUCAACGUCCGAGGGGAAAAGUCAUGGCGGGUUCAAGCCAUUAGGUGACUCGUUCAGAGACUCGUCCUGGUUCGACUCCAGGCAGGAGAGGAGAAAAGAAGGUGUGCCACUCAGUAGGAGUUGACAAGUCUUUAGAUAGAAGAUUACACAGUUAAAACUUGUGGGAUUACGGAGAAGUUAAAGAAUGAAAGUAGCACACUUGACUUCAAAUAAAAUGCAGUAUCCCAAACUUGCAAAUAAAUAUAUUUUUGUUCCUAUCAAUUACAUAACAUUCAAUCUAUAAAUAUAUCAGCCCCUUGGUCAGCUGUGCUCAGGGUUCUGAAAAGCAUUAAUCCAGACUUGAUCUGAACGUAGAGCUGAAAGUCAUAUAUAUAUUUUUUCUUAUUUACGGUAUUUUUUUAGUGUAAUUCAUGUGUGUUUUUUAGUGUGACUCAGGUUUGCUUUUUUAGUGUGAUUUAGGUGUGGUUUUUAGUGUGAUUCAGGUGUUUUUUUUAGUGAGAUCCAGGUGUUUUUUUAGUGAGAUCCAGGUGUGUUUUUAGUGUGAUACAGGUGUGUUUUAGUGUAAUUUAUGUAUUUUUAGUGUAACUUAGGUGUGUUUUUGUGUGAUUCAGGUGUCUUUUUUUUAGUGUGAUUUAGGUGUGUUUUUUAAUGUGAUUCAGGUGUUUUUUAGUGUGAUUCGGAUGUGCUUUUUUAGUGAUUCAGGUGUGUUUUAAGUGUAAUUUAGGUGUGUUUUUGUGUGAUUCAGGUGUCUUUUUUUAGUGUGAUUUAGGUGUGUUUUUUAAUGUGAUUCAGGUGUUUUUUAAGUGUGAUUCGGGUGUGUCUUUUGUCAUUGUUUCUAUUCACUUUUAUGACUUCUAUUUCAUAUUUAUCUUUUUCAAAAUACAUAGGACAAGAACAAGGAAAUUUUUCUUGGGAUUUCUUGUAUAAAGUUUUGGACCCCUCGGGAGAGGUUAGUUGAGUUUUUAUGAUGAGACAUGUUGUCCUACCAUACGCAUAACAGUGGCCUUCCAUUUGCAUAAUUGUAGCCUACUAUAAUAAGUCUUAGCUUUAAUUAUUCUUAUUACCAGUAUUACCUGGCCCGUGUGUACAAUGAGUCUACCUUUUUUUUAUUUUCACACUUCAUUUUUUUUACCAUUGUAUAUUAUUUAUUACUCUACUUUUACAAACUUUGAGAGAGGAAAGUGGGAGGGGGGGGGGGGGGGGGGGGGGGAUACAAUUUGAGAGAGUUUAGUUAUUUUUCUCUCACAUGAAUCAAACCCACAAAUUUUGGAAAAUACUUAUAGUUUCUCUUAGUCAAAAAAUGCUAAUGGAAGAAAAUUGAAGUUCAAUUUGAACAGUGCCACUUAGCCUUUUCCCUUUUAUAAAAAAAAGAAAUCAGAAUAUGUCUUUAAUGUCAAAAUGAUCUACAUGUCGGUCAAUAAACACAUUUUUUUUUUAAUUUCCCCAUUUUCCAGCACCGACAGUUGUUUGCUGUUAAAAAAUUGUGUAUUGUCUUGACUCUUUAGUUGCCUAAAUUCCUCCAGCAUUCACAAUCAGCUGACUUUUAUAACUUAGAAUUGGCUUAGUUGACGGUAGAUGAUAUAUAUUCUGCACCUCAUUGUUUGUUAUUGUCCUGAGUAUAUAGUUGUUUUUUUUAAAUGUUUCUUUAUUCUUUAUUUGCAGGAGUUUAAAAUUCAAAGACCCAAAAUAAGCAUAGUAAGUUGAUGCAGAUUAAAUAUAGCUUUGAUUCGUUUAUUUCUAUGGAAUAAUUUUUUAAAGGAUGAGAGUCAAUUUUUUAGCUUCUUAUCUCUGGUGUUGUCCUCUAGAACUGUAGAGUCACACAUAGACCAUGACCCCUGAUUCCAAAUAUAAGACUCUGUGUGGGUCACACAUAAAGAGUGAUCGCAGACUCCUGAUAUAUGACACGGGAGUAAGCGCUGUGCAGCAUCAUGAAUCAAAGUCAUAUAUUUUGAAUAUAUCAAAUGGAAAUUUUAUUCAGUACUGUAAUGGGCUUCAAAGUGACAUCAUGUUUUCAAUGAUUUUUCAGUGGGCUCCAGUAUAAUAGGCCGAAUACACCAAAUUUUAGAUACCCCAUCCAAGAUUGUAAUUUUAUGGGAGGAAAUGAUUAAUCUCAUUGCAAGUUAUGAAAAACCAUCCAUGUAUAAUGAAAGUUACGGAAAUCAUCCCAAAUAGGAAAGAAUGUUUAACACAGCAAUCAUCCCAAAUAGGAAUGAAUGUUUAACACAGCAAUCAUCCCAAAUAGGAAUGAAUGUUUAACACGGCAAUCAUCCCAAAUAGGAAUGAAUGUUUAACACUGCAAUCAUCCCAAAUAGGAAUGAAUGUUUAACACGGCAAUCAUCCCAAAUAGAAAUGAAUGUUGAACACGGCAAUAAUCCCAAAUAGAAAUGAAUGUUUAACAGAGAGACACAGUUUUUAUCCGAGGAAUGGUCUACAGAGUAUAACUUAUAGUAACUUAUAGUCACAUAUCACAUGGCCACAAGCAUACAAUAUAAUGACUAUGGUCUUUGCUGCGUUAUUUGUGAAACACAUUGAAAUGUAACCACCAUAAGGUUUUACGUGGAUUUAGAUUAAAAAUUGGUGUAACACAUGUACGAUUGAUUUAACACAACACAUGUACCAUUGAUUUAACACAACACAUGUACCAUUGAUUUAACACAACACAUGUACCAUUGAUUUAACGCAACGCAUGUACGAUUGAUUUAACGCAACGCAUGUACGAUUGAUUCAACACAAUACACAUGUAGGACUGAUUUUAAUUUGUUUCAGCAUACCAGACCUCAGAUAUAGACAGACUUUGGGUUGGAUCAGUUGAGCAUCACCUCAGAUAUAGACAGACUUUGGGUUGGAUCAGUUGAGCAUCACCUCAGAUAUAGACAGACUUUGGGUUGGAUCAGUUGAGCAUCACCUCAGAUAUAGACAGACUUUGGGUUGGAUCAGUUGAGCAUCACCUCAGUUCUUCAGAGCGUGGACUUGUAGAGUGCUGCAGGCUGAGACUGUCAGAGAAAACAAUGAGACAACAAUUCCUCAUUGCCAUAAAUUUUACUUUUCUUUUUUUCUUUUUUCUUUUUAACAUAGGGAUUGAAGGGAUCUUGAAAAGAAAAUACACUUGAGAAAAGAAUAUUUAUUUUAAAAAAUUAUUAUUUUAUUAUCUAAAACCUUUCAUAAAAUUACAACACUCUAAUUUCAUGUCAUAAUUGUGAUACAACAAUGAACACUUCACAGCCUUAUACUUAUAGAAUUUUACUGUAAACAUGCCCUGUGUAAUAUUAAUUUUUAAUAUUAUUUUGUGUAAAAUAUUUAUAUUUUUGUUGCUCUUCGUUCAUUAUAAAUAUACUACUACUAAUGUAUUAAUUGUUAUGUGAUGCAGCCUACCUCUUAACAGUCCUUUUUAUUAAUGGUAUCCAUGUGGAAUUUAUAAUCAAGAUAUGGUUAGUGUAAAAAAAAAAUAUUUAAAAAAUGUGUUCUCAUCUGGUGUUUACUUCUAAAAGAUAAUGAUGG